AUGAAUUACAAUGAGCUAAGUGAAAUUCCAUAUUUUGGAGAAACGACUUCUAAUAUAACUCUUCUCUCAUUGGUGCACAAUACCAUUCCAGAAAUAAAUGCAGAGCAACUCCAAGUUUACCUUUCAUUGGAAAAUCUAGAUCUUAGUUCUAAUCUUAUCUCAGAAAUUAAAGCUUCUUCUUUUCCACGGAUGCAGCUGAAGUACCUGAAUCUGAGUAACAACAGGAUAACUACUCUAGAAGCAGGCUGUCUUGAUAACUUAUCUAGCUCACUAAUGGUGGUAAAGCUGAACAGAAACAGGAUUAGUGUGAUUCCACCAAAGAUCUUCAAAUUGCCUCACGUGCAGUUUCUGGAACUGAAGAGGAACCGGAUUAAAACAGUGGAAAGUCUUACAUUCCAAGGACUGGAAUCCUUAAAGUCCUUGAAAAUGCAGCGCAAUGGGAUUAGCAGACUAAUGGAUGGAGCGUUCUUUGGCCUGGGUAAUAUAGAAGAAUUAGAACUGGAACAUAAUAACUUAACAGAAGUAAACAAAGGCUGGCUGUAUGGUCUGCGGACAUUGCAGCAACUCUACGUUAGCCAGAAUGCCAUUAACAGGAUCAGUCCAGAUGCAUGGGAGUUCUGCCAAAGACUUUCUGAGCUAGACCUGUCGUACAACCAGCUAACUCGCCUCAAGGAGUCUGCCUUUGUGGGACUUGGUUUGUUGGAGAAACUAAACCUGGGUGACAAUCGCAUUAGUCACAUUGCUGAUGGUGUGUUUAGAGGGCUGACAAAUCUUCAAACCUUGGACUUGCGGAACAAUGAGAUCUCCUGGGCCAUAGAAGAUGCAAAUGAAGCAUUUGUGGGACUCAGCAGGCUGGAUAAACUAAUCUUGCAAGGAAACCAGAUUAAGUCAAUUACCAAAAAAGCGUUCUCUGGUCUUGAAGGGCUUGAACAUCUAGAUUUAAGCAACAAUGCAGUAAUGUCCAUCCAAGAAAAUGCGUUUGCCCAGGCUCAUCUGAAGGAGCUAAUUUUGAACACCAGCAGCUUGCUCUGCGAUUGCCAGCUGAAGUGGCUGCCGCAGUGGCUCGCUGACAGCCAUUUGCAGCAGGCGGUCAGUGUUAGCUGUGCUCAUCCCGAAUGGUUGGCAGGACAAAGCCUUCUCAGUGUGGACCCUGAUGACUUUGUCUGUGAUAAUUUCCCUAAACCGCAGAUAAGAGUGCAUCCCGAGACCACGGUUGCUCUGCGAGGCAUGAAUGUGACCCUGACUUGCACUGCUGUGAGCAGCAGUGAUUCACCCAUGUCCACGGCCUGGCGUAAAGACAGUGAAGUACUGUAUGAUGCAGAGGUUGAGAAUUUUGCCAGAUACCAGCAGCAAAGUGGUGAGGUUGUCGAGUAUACCACUGUCCUGCACCUUUUCAAUGUGAAUUUCACUGAUGAAGGGAAGUAUCAGUGCAUCAUCACCAAUCACUUUGGCUCCAACUAUUCCAACAAAGCCAAGCUGACUGUCAAUGAGCUGCCUUCUUUCCUGAAAACCCCCAUGGAUCUGACUAUCCGCACCGGGGCGAUGGCCCGGCUGGAGUGUGCUGCCGAGGGCCACCCUACUCCACAGAUCUCCUGGCAGAAGGAUGGUGGCACAGACUUCCCUGCUGCAAGAGAGAGGAGGAUGCAUGUCAUGCCCGAGGAUGAUGUGUUCUUUAUUGCAAAUGUGAAAAUAGAAGACAUGGGCAUCUACAGCUGUAUGGCACAAAACAUUGCAGGUGGUUUGUCAGCAAAUGCCACGCUGACGGUGUUAGAAACGCCUUCCUUCAUCAGGCCCCUGGAAGACAGAACGGUAACCCGCGGUGAAACCGCAGUCUUGCAGUGCAUAGCCGGCGGCAGUCCCGCCCCUCGCCUCAACUGGACUAAGGACGAUGGCCCUCUGACCGUCACAGAACGGCAUUUUUUUGCAGCGGCCAACCAACUCCUCAUCAUUGUGGAUGCUGGGCUAGAGGAUGCUGGGAAGUACACGUGCAUUAUGUCCAACACACUGGGCACUGAGCGUGGCCAUAUUUACCUGAAUGUCCUGGUUUCCCCAAACUGUGAUUCCUCCCAGAGCGGCAUUGUCCACGAGGAGGAUGGCUGGACCACCGUGGGCAUUGUGAUUAUUGUCGUGGUGUGCUGCGUGGUGGGAACUUCCCUGGUGUGGGUUAUCGUCAUCUACCACAUGAGGAGGAGGAGUGAAGAUUACAGCAUCACUAACACAGAGGAGAUGAACCUACCUGCAGACAUUCCCAGCUACCUGUCCUCCCAAGGAACUCUGUCAGAGCCUCAGGAGGGCUACAGUAACUCAGAGGCAGGAAGCCAUCAGCAGCUCAUGCCUCCAGCCAGUAGCUACGUGCAUAAAGGCACAGAUGGUGGUGGUGCAGCACCAUUGGUGAUCUGCUCAGACUGUUACGACAAUGCGAACAUCUACUCCAGGACACGCGAGUACUGCCCCUAUGCCUACAUCACAGAAGAGGACCCCCUGGAUCAAGCUCUCCCUAAUCUCAUGGUGCAGAUGCCUAAGGAAACGUAUACCACACGCACCCAGCAUGAAACCAGUACUCUUGAUAAUCUCCUAGUAGACAGAGACAUGUCUGUCUUCCUUACCAACCACGACAAAAUAAGUGAAAAGAAGAUCUCCUCCCAGCAGAUUAAUGAACCCUUUCAGCUUCCUUUAUGGGGAGUGAACAAAGACCUAACACGCUCUCACUCACACUUUCUGCAUCAGCCGUCAGCCCGCGAGACCCCACGACCCCUUCGAAGCGAGGGCAUCAUUGACAGCGACCGGGAACAAGCUGCUUCUCCCAGACCUUGCCACAGGUUACGCGAACACAACUUUGAUUUUAACAGGACACGGAACAUUCAUGACUAUAGUGAAACCACGUAA